GCAAGAAUGUAGGCAUUGGAUAGAGACUGGACUGCUACACUGAAAGAUGGAAGCUUUCAGCGAAGCAGACGAUUCCAUUGAGUUGGAAGCUAAGCGCAAAGAGGACUCCUCAUGGCACCCUUGUCGAGUUUCUCUCAGCUCUUCUGGAGAUAGUCUGAUUGUAAAUUUUGGGAGCAAGGGGUUGGAAGAUAUGCUGUUGAAGAAGGAAGAAGUUCUUAUGCAUCUUCGCUUUCGUUCUAUGCCUCUUCAAGUUGAUGAUUGCUGCCGCAUUGAAGAAGGUGAACAUGUUCUUGCCAUCCGCAAAUCACAAUUCAAGAGCCUCUUCCAUGAUGCUGAAGUGGAAAAGUAUGAACCAUCAAACUUCGGUCUGGCUUGUAAUGAACGGCUGAUGCCUGAUGUGGAAAGAAUACGACACUCAAAAAGGGGCUGUAGAUGUACUUUCAUGAUCAAAUGGCUCGAUCAAAACCUUGAAGGACAAAAGCUUAGUGUUCCAUCAAGUUCAAUCAUGAAGCUUGCAACCAAAAGAGUCAGUACCCAUCCAAUCGUUCAUACACUCUUGAAACCAGAAAAAGACACUGGUUUAUCGUAUUCAUCUCCUUUAUUGACCAUUCUUGAGGGCACUGAUGCUGAAAUGGACCUUAAUAAGCUGCUGCUAAAGCAAAUAGAACAGAUUAGCAGUUUAGCUGAUGCAUCUGAGAAAGAUUUUCCAGAAGAUAUUCUAUGGAGAAACAAAGCUAUUAACAAGGGACAAACACCUCACAAACCUACUGCUGAAUCCAAUGCAUGUGUUCCAGCUGUUCCUGAUCACCAUAAUCAUUUGAAGAGAACAACUCAGAGUAAAAGGAAACAGCUAGUGGACAUGGAAACCAAGGAUCAAACAGGCCCUACUUCAUCCAUGCAAGAAGAAUUCAUACAAAAUAGUACUCAUCUAAGCCCUCUUGCUUCACGUGCAGCUCUAGCAUCAUCCUUGUUAACUGCUAAGAAGUGUCUUGAUAUGGAUUUUAGUUCCUGUAUGAGUGCCAACAUGUUUAUGAAGAGUAAACAUUCCUCAGAGAUAUUGGCUAUUUCCAUUCCAUUUGUUUCACAGCCUUCCCAUGUGAUAUCACCUCUCAUUUCAACCCAAGGGGACGUUUCAUUCAAGUCUUCUUCUUGUAUAACAACUAAGGUUUGUGAAAAUGAAAGUAAGAUCCCAGAAAAAAUUAACUGUAAUGCUGAAGAUAAGACCUUUGCUCCUGCAAUGGUUACUGCUGAAAAAGAUACCUCCGAAGUUGCUAAUUCUAGUGCUGAAACUAUGACUGCCAAACUUGCAAUUUCCAGAGAUAAAAAGUCCUCAGUACUUGUACAUUUUAAUGCAAGUUCAACAACUCCUAUAAGACUAACUCGCUCGACAAUAUGCAAAGGGGCUGUGAUUCCAAAUGAUUGCAUCCAGGUGAAUGUCUGCAGUGAUGACAAAAAGAGAGGGAUGUCAGGGAACAAAAACAGGUUGAGUCAUUCAGCAGUUUGUCAAGAAAAUGAAAUUUUGGGCAAUGAAGAAGGAAACAACUCAACUCAUAUUAUAGAUUCAGAUUCAUCUAAAGGGAACAUUGCUGUUCCUGAAAGCAAUGUGGAUACAGAGAAAAGCUCAACAUCAAAAAAGACAAAAGCUACCUCACCACGCAAAAAUGCAGAUGGUGGUAGGAGUAAUCAGGGCCAGAAGAGAAAAACAGUUUAUCCUAUUAAGCAAGACCGACGAUUUUCACCUCGAAAUUUUCUACCUCGAACUCGCUCCCAGAAUAAGUCUCAGCCUGAAAAGUAUGGAGGAACUAUUAGCAGUUAAUACUUGAAUACUUGUAUUGCUUGCUCUAGUGUAGCAGUCAUCAACUAUCUACUAUUGCUGCUCUAGUGUAGCUGACAUCCAACUAUCUAGUAAAAGCUGAUUGCUCUGUAUAUUAUAAAGAAGGAUGAGAAUGAUAUAAAUAUG